AUGGAUCAUGCAUCUACCUCAAAUCAUAAUAUGUCUGUUGGAUCUCAUUAUCAAGACAAUGAUGACUCCAACUCUCACAAUAAUUUAAAUUCUUCUAAUAGUUCCGACUCUGACGAAGAUUCAGUCCCGGCACAAUUACACGAGGCCCAUCUUCAAGAAUAUUACGAUAUUGGCGACCAAAAUUAUGAAUGCGCACACUGCCAAGCAUGUAUGUGGUACCAAGAAAAAGUGAAUAGACACAAAAUUACAGCAACUCCUCGCUUUUAUCGUUGCUGCCGUGGAGGAAAAAUUGUUCUCCCGUUCCUUGAACAACCUCCACAGGUGUUGCAAGAUCUUCUAUUUAAUAAAACAUAUUCAGAUAGUAAAAACUACCAGGCUAACAUACGAACAUACAACGCAAUGUUCUCCUUCACUUCCCCUGGAAUGAAGUUCGACACAACAUACUCUAAAAGAGGAGGACCCCCUACUUUGAGACUGCAGGGUCAGACCUGUCAUCGAAUUGGUACACUACUGCCAGAAACCGAGCAAGCUCCGCAAUAUGCUCAAUUAUACAUCUAUGACACGGACAAUGAAGUUGAACGCAGAAUAAAAUGUUUCAAGGACAACAAAGGCAUCGAGCGCCCGGUUGUCAAUAAGCUCAAGAUGAUGUUAGAUGAGCACAAUGUUCAUGCCAAAGCUAUUAGAAUGGCAAGGGAUGUUUUAAGGACAAAUUCUUUCACAGAUUUAAAACUCAGGCUUAUUUCUGAUAGAUCCGAAGAUGGUCGUGUUUACAACAAACCUACUGUCUCAGAAGUGGCUGCACUCAUUGUGGGAGACAUUGAUUCUGCUGAUAAAAGGGACAUCUUAAUUCAGCGCCGCAAUGGUUGUUUGCAACGAAUAGAUGAGUUUCACCCAGCAUAUUUGGCUUAUCAGUAUCCUCUUAUAUUUCCUUAUGGGGAAGAUGGUUACAGGAAAAAUAUAAUGCACAGAUAUCGCCAUGAAACUGAGGUCACUAGGAGAAACCGUCAAAGCAUUAAGGAUUGGUUUUCUUACCGGUUACAACAACGUCGCAAAGAGGCAAAAACACUACUUUACUCAAGACGCCUAUUUCAACAAUUCUUAGUCGACGGCUAUGCUAUGAUGGAAUCCGAACGACUGAAUUGGUUGAGAGAUAAUCAAUCGAAGUUAAGAGUGGGCAAAUAUAAUAAUUUGACCACUCAAACUGAUGGCGAUAGAAGAAAUGAACACCAAAAGCGAGGAAAACGAGUUGUUCUGCCAUCAACAUUUGUUGGUAGCAAGAGAUAUAUGGAUCAACUAUAUUUUGACGGUAUGGCCAUUUCAAGUCGGUUGGGAUUCCCUGAUUGA